AUGUCGCGCGACUAUUCCGAUCUCCAAGUUGUCCCUGACCAGUCUUAUCCAGAAGUGGUACCACAGUUUGAAAAGGACCCAACAGACAAGGUCCCAGUUGAGCCGCCCCAGCAGGCCACACCUCCAAAGCGGAUCUGUGGUCUACCCCCGAAGCGAUUCUGGAUUAUUGUUGCUGUGAUUGUUCUCGUCACCGGCGCGGUGAUAGGAGGUGCGAUAGGAGGAACACAAGCAAACAAGUCCAAGUCCAACAACGAUACCCCGAGUAGCCCAGCUACUACAGAAGCCGACCGAGCCACUAUCGAACCUACCAAGACAUCAACAUCGACAACGGCCAGUCUUUCCACGAGGACACUCAUCGGCCCGACCCAAACUCUCUACCGCGACUGUCCCUCCUCCAACGACACAAUCUACGAAGCCCUUGGCUCGUCCAACUACCUCUUCCGCAAACGUUGCAACGUCGGCUUUGCAGGCUCCCCCAACAACGUUGUCAACAUACCCGCUACGAGUCUUGACGACUGUAUCGACAAGUGCGCCACGUACAACGAGAACAACAAGACCGAGAUUGCUUCGCGGGAGAGUAACGUUUGUAAUUCUGUCUGCUGGCGGCAUAGGGUCACGGGGGAUGACUGGCCUGGACAGUGCUUUGGCUCUACCAUACAGAACUCUACGAGCAGUGGGUUUCCUGUUGAUGAGGAUCAAAUCGAGUGUGACUCGGGGGCUUGGAUAAAUCAGGAGAUUCCAGAUGAGCAGCGUCUUUCAGAAUGA